AUGGCACCCAAGAAGAAUAGUACUUCUACUGUCAACACACCGGCGCCCUCUACACCCUCUGCGCCCGCGACAACAGCUGCUUCCGCACCCUCAAAGGCUUCUGCUUCAUCCUCAAAUAACCCAUUCACCAUCUUUGGCAAGGUCUACCAAAAUUAUACAAGCACCACAGCUCAGCGUACUAAGCUGAUUGAUGCCUUCUUGGGCUUCUUGGUUAUCACGGGAGUACUGCAAUUUAUUUAUUGUGUGAUUGCAGGGAAUUAUCCAUUCAAUGCUUUCCUAGCUGGUUUCUCUGCGACUGUGGGUCAGUUUGUAUUGACUGCUUCUCUACGUAUACAAUCCAACCCAGUAAACAAAAACGAAUUCUCUAGUGUUUCUCCUGAACGGGCAUUCGCGGAUUUCGUUUUUGGCAGUGUCCUCCUCCACCUUUUCUGUACCAACUUCAUCAAUUAG